CGGGGCCGCCCCGGCGGGCGGGAAGAGCCGGGGCGGGCGGCGGCGGCGCCAUGGAGGAUGAAAUGCCCAAGACCCUGUACGUGGGGAACCUCUCCAGGGACGUGACUGAAGCUCUGAUCCUGCAGCUCUUCAGCCAGAUCGGCCCCUGCAAGAACUGCAAGAUGAUCAUGGAUACAGCUGGCAAUGAUCCCUACUGCUUCGUGGAGUUCUACGAGCACCGGCACGCGGCCGCGGCGCUGGCUGCCAUGAACGGCAGGAAGAUAAUGGGUAAGGAGGUCAAAGUGAACUGGGCCACCACCCCCAGCAGCCAGAAGAAAGACACCAGCAAUCAUUUCCAUGUGUUUGUGGGAGACCUCAGCCCUGAGAUCACAACUGAAGACAUCAAAGCAGCCUUUGCUCCCUUUGGAAGAAUCUCGGACGCUCGGGUGGUCAAGGACAUGGCCACGGGCAAGUCCAAGGGCUAUGGCUUCGUGUCCUUCUUCAACAAAUGGGAUGCUGAGAAUGCCAUCCAGCAGAUGGGGGGGCAGUGGCUCGGGGGGCGACAGAUCCGAACCAACUGGGCCACCAGGAAACCUCCAGCUCCCAAGAGCACCUAUGACACAAACACCAAACAAUUGUCCUACGACGAGGUGGUGACACAGUCCAGCCCCAGCAACUGCACCGUGUACUGCGGGGGGGUCACCUCGGGCCUCACAGAGCAGCUGAUGCGCCAGACCUUCUCCCCCUUCGGGCAGAUCAUGGAGAUCCGAGUGUUCCCAGAUAAAGGCUACUCCUUUGUCAGGUUCAAUUCCCACGAGAGCGCUGCCCACGCCAUCGUCUCCGUCAACGGCACCACCAUCGAGGGCCACGUGGUGAAAUGUUACUGGGGCAAGGAGACACCUGACAUGGUCAGCCCUGUCCAGCAGGGCCAGCUGAGCUACCCCCCAGCCUACGGGCAGUGGGGGCAGUGGUACGGGGGGGCCCAGCUGGGCCAGUACGUGCCCAACGGCUGGCAGGUGCCAACCUACGGCGUGUACAGCCAGGCCUGGAGCCAGCAGGGCUUUGGGCAGAGCCAGUCCUCAGCCCCGUGGAUGGGUCCCAGCUACGGCGUGCAGGGGCAGAACGGCGCCGUGGUGCCGCCCCAGCCCGGCUUCCGCGUGGGCUUCGAGACCCCCUGAGCCCCCAGCUCAGUCCACAGCCACCACCAAUCAUGGAGUGAGCCCCAGAGCAUUGAAAUUUUAACAAAAUCCUUCCCUUUUCACCCCAAAAAAAAAAAAAAACCCGGAUGCUGGAUCGCCAACACCGCCGCCGCCUUUCGGUUUUUUUCUCUUUUUUUAUUUUUAGUUUUUUUGUAUUAAAUGUGUUUUUUUGGAAACACAAAUUGCAGGGACUUCGCUGCCUUAGCUGAGAAUAGGGGCAGGAAUUGCACAAAGUCAUCCUUUGUGGGUUUGGGUUUUUUUUUUUUUUUGUGAUUUUUUUUUUUGAGGGGUUUUUCCCUCAGAAAAUUAAAAAAUAACAGAAACAGCUGGAAAAAAAAACACCCAAAAGAAGCCAAAAGUGUGGGAAUCCUGGAGCUGCCUUCAGCCUCACACCCUCUGUUUUAAAAGAGCCUCUUGGAGCAUCCCCCCAAGCAGGGGGAGCUUUUUUUAGAAGAUAAAUCCUUCGUUUACAUCAUUUUUUUGUGAAUCUCAGUGUGUUUUUCAGGGUUGGGUUUUUGCCUUUUUGCUGGGGAAAAUAAAAAAAAAAUUAAAAUAAAAUAAAAAAGGGACUUGAAAGUGCCCAGCUCUCCCCACAUGAGCCAAAAUUCCCACCCUGGGACAGCAAAAUUCCUGUUGCUAAAACGUGACAAAUCCCUCCGGGGGUAGGUUGGUUUUUUUGGUUUUAUUUUUUUUUUUUAAUUUUUUUACUGGUUUCUACAUUUUCCUGUACUGAUUCUGUAAAAUAUUAAGCGCAAAUUGAAGAAUUUUUGCACAACCUUUGGCCACUUUUGUACGUUUUUUCCUUAUUUAAAGGUAGGACACGGAGUCUUUUGAUGUGAUUUAUGCCUCAAAUCUUCCCUCUUUUUUUGUCCUUACUUUUUUUGUGGAUAUGAAAUAUCUCUUGAAAUAUAAAGUUUUUAAUCCUUUGUGUAAAAUUCCCUCAGUAGAGCCCAGGUGUGUUUCUCAAGGGAGUGAAGGUGAGAAGACCUCCCAAACCUGAUCUAUCAGAGGCCAAAAAACGCCCUUUUCUAUCCUACCUCUCGCCCAGCCUUUAAAAAAAACCACAAAAAACUCACAAAAAAUGGAAAAAAAAAAUACGAAAAACUUU